AUGCGCGCUACGUUGCCCUCGCGUUUCGCCUUGGCCCUGGACGCCCGCGCGCCGCGGCGUAGCCUCAACGGCGCGGCGGCGGCCGCGACGGCCACGGCGGCGGCGGCCACAGCGGCGGCGUCGGUGACGACGUCGGGGCCCAUUGGGCAGGCGUUGUUGGAGAAGGUGACAGCGGUGAGUGCCAAGCUGGAAUCGAUCAUGGGCCGACAGGAUGUGAGGCGCGGCCGCAGUCGACCCUUAACCUCCCGACAACCACAGACUUUGGGCGAGAAACUGAUGGAUCUCACCGAGCGCUUGGGUCAUUUGGACGACCUCCUGGAUGAUUUCCAACGCCACAACAGCUUCCAUCCGCCCCUGCGCCGCCCACCCUCCGUCGUGCCCCCGGCGCCUCAGCCGGUGCCGCAGCCGGUGGCGCCGGUGGUGCAAGCGACACCACGGGGGGAGACACAGUUGGUGGAGGCUUCCGUGAAGGCCGUGGCCAGAAGUCUCUUGGACGCUGCCAGACACCGGAGCCCCUCUGCCAGCUACCACUCGCAGUUCACCCCGGUGCAGUUGGUCCGCCAGCCUUCCACUUCUCGCUCCACCACCCCUGCGGCGGUUUCACGGGUUCGAUCGCCCGGAGGUUCCUUGGGCUCCACCUCGGUGGGCCUCACACCGCCCCCGGGGCUCUUCAUCCCCAGCGGCUUCGCCACGCCGCUGACGCCGGCGGCGCCGCCAGCCGCGCCGCUGGCGCCGGCGCUCAACGGGCCGUUGACGGUGAUGCCGCAGUUCACAUUCGAAUCGUUGGCGCAGAGCGCCAGCCGGCACUUGAACGGCACGCCACGGCCCAUCGUGGCAUCACCCAAGUCGCGCAGCAGCUCAGCGGCGCCCAUGGGCCGACCACAGGCAGGGCUCAACGCAGAGAUGAAAAUCCGGAAAUGGCUCGACACCAUCCCUAUCGGAAACGGCUCUGAAAGAGGUUGGGAUGAUGCGCAGAUCCGGCAAAUCGCUUCCUUCGCGCACAAGAAUCAUCUUAGUCAUUUGCCGCCUGAACAGCUCUAUCAAAGGUAUGUAGAGAAUCAGGUCGCUGAGGCUGAGAAUUCCUGAGACCCAGGCAUUGAAUGGUGACUCUGUAA